ACAGCUAGAAUAAGAGUUCCAAAAUACUCUCUUGUGCCGGAGAUUACUACUUGUGUGUAAUCAAUGGGGAAGAAAAAGUUCAUCGACAAGAAGAAAGCAGCUACAUUCCAGUUAUUCGCCCGCGAUUCCUCGGAUCCGGUAUACGAAUCCGGACCCUCCGCCGCCACCGACAGAGUAUUCGUCAGAGUUGACAACAAUAACUACUCAAUCGAAAGCUUUGACGCCGAUGAACACAACGGCGAUGACCCGAACUCAAUCUUCGCGGAUGCUCCGGAAGAUGAAGAGGAGAGCAAUGGUUGGGCCGGGUAUUCGGGUACCCGAACUCAAUUACCGGAUGAUAUUAGAAAGGAGAUAAUUGAACUUGGGUUUCCUGACGAUGGGUAUAAUUAUUUAACUCACUUGAGGGAGAUUAAGAAUACUGGUGGCGGCUCUGCUUAUUAUGAGAAUCCUAAAGCUAAGCUUAAUGAGCUUCCACAUGAUGUUAAGGCAUAUGAUGCUUCAAAAGUCGAGGUUGCAAAAGUGAAUGAUGAUUACAACGAGAAAUCUGUGUACAAUGUGGCAGCCAAGACAAUAGGUGUAAGAGUUCAGAAGGCAUUGGAUCCUGAAGUUGCUGCCUUGCUCGAUGACAGUGAUUUGUCACAUUUUGGGUCUGAUGUGGAGGAUUUAGAAUUAGAGGAAGAUUUUAUGAUUAAGGCAAACCUACACGAUGGGGCAGUUAAUGUGGAACUUGAUGACAAUUUAAGCUUGCCAGAGAAAUCGAACCUUGACAAAGUAGGACGCAAUGAUACAUCUGGGCAUGUACAGAGAAAUGAGGCCAAAUUUGCAACUUUUGAAGAGAAGCCAAGAGCACGCCGCCUUCUGGAUGAACAGUUUGAUCUGCUUGAACUUCAAGAGUAUGGCUCCAAUACCGAAGAUGAAUAUGAUGAUGAUAUGAUUGAGGAAAAUGAGUGUCAAGAGUCCCUUGCAGAAAAGCUUAAUCAUGCAUUUAAGGAGUGUGCCAUUGAUGGCAUGGAACUUAAUAAUAAUGGACCAGAUGAUGGGGAGUUGCUUGAACCUGCAGCUGAUGUCAUAAGCCGGUGCAAAGAAUAUGCUGAAAAGUAUGAAAAUGAAGGUCCAGAGGAAGAGGCGGCUGUUUUAGAUGAAAGCAGCAGUGAGUCAGAAGUAUGGGAUUGUGAAACUAUAGUGUCAACGUAUUCAAAUCUUGAUAACCACCCUGGAAAAAUUGUAGCUCCUGGAGCGAGGAGAAAAAAGUUGCUCCUUGUUAUUUCUGAAGCCUCGCCUAUAAUAUCCCUAAAAGGAAAAGAGAAGCUUCCGGUUGACUAUUUGCCAAGCAAGGGUAAGCAUGCCGUGCAAAAGGAGGAUAAGAAAAAGCAAGGUUUAGAAAAGGAGGAAAAGGAUAACUCAAAGUCAGAACAACUCAAAAGAAAGCAACAUGGUGAAGAGUCAAAGGAGGAGAAGAAAGAAAGAAAG